GAACAAGGGAGAGCUGAGCUGGGUAGUGUUGCAAAAAGCAAGAUGGCAGCAGGAAGGAACAGGAACCAACUCAGAGCAGGAGAAGGCAAAUGAAUCAUCUGCUUCUCAGGGAGACGGCUUCUGUGAAAUUGCAGUCCAAGAAACAAUGGACCAAGGCAAGAAAAAGAAGCAGUGCCCUGUGUGUGGGAAAAGCUUCAGCUGGAAAUCCAGUCUGAGUUCUCAUUGGAAAAUCCAUGCUGGAGAAAAACCAUAUAAAUGCCCAGAAUGUGGAAAAACCUUUAUCUGGAACUACAGCCUCAUGUCCCAUCUGAGAAUCCACACAGGGGAAAAACCAUACUCAUGUCUGGAGUGCGGAAAGAGCUUUAGUAGGAGAGAAAAACUUACUAGACAUGAUAGAAUCCACACAGGAGAGAAACCAUAUAAAUGUUUAGAGUGUGGAAAAAGUUUCCGUUGGAAGGAAAGACUUACUAGACACCUCAGAAUUCACACAGGGGAGAAACCAUAUGUUUGUACAAUGUGUGGGAAAAGCUUCAAUUGGAGUCAUAACCUUAUAUCCCAUCUGAGAAUCCACACUGGGGAGAAACCAUUUACCUGUUUGGAGUGUGGGAAGAGUUUCAGUCAGAGAACAACUCUUACUUCCCAUCAGAGAGUCCACUCAGGGAAUAAACCAUAUAAAUGCUCAGAGUGUGGAAAAGGCUUUAAACAAAAAACAGAUCUAACUUCUCAUGAAAGAAUCCAUGCAGGGGAAAAACCGUAUCAGUGCUCAGAGUGUGGGAAAAGCUUCAGUCGUAGUACACAUUUAGCUUCACAUCAGAAAAUCCACACAGGAGAGAAACCAUACACCUGCUCUGAAUGUGGAAAAAGUUUUAGUCGAAGUGCAAAUCUAACUUACCAUCAAAGAAUUCACACAGGGGAAAAACCAUAUAUAUGUCUGGAGUGUGGCAUGAGCUUCAGUGUGAACACAAGUCUGACUUUACAUCAAAGCAUCCACACUGGGAAGAAACCAUACAUAUGUUUGGAGUGUGGGAAGAGUUUUGUUUGUUCUGCACGACUCACUAGUCAUCAGAGACUGCACACAGGGGAGAAACCAUUUAUAUGCUUGGAGUGUGGGAAGAGUUUCAGUCGGAGCACGAACCUCACUUCUCAUCAGAGACUGCACACUGGGGAGAAACCAUUCCUAUGUUUAGACUGUGGGAAAAGCUUCAGCCGAAGUGCAAACCUCCUUAGACAUCAGAGAACUCACACGGGGGAGAAACCAUUUCAAUGCCUGGAGUGUGGGAAAAGCUUCAGCCAUAGUGAAACCCUUACUUUGCACAAAAGAAUCCACACAGGGGAGAGACCAUUCAAAUGCCUCGAGUGUGGAAAGAGUUUCAGUCGGAGCACGCACCUGAAUUCACACCUAAGAAUUCAUACAGGAGAGAAACCAUAUAAAUGCCUAGAGUGUGGGAAACGGUUUGGGAGAAAGUACAGCCUUACUAUUCAUCAAAGAAUCCACACAGGAGAGAAACCAUAUAAAUGCCUGGAGUGUGGGAAAAGCUUCAGUCAAAAUGGAAAACUUACUAUCCAUCAAAGAAUCCACACAGGGGAGAAGCCAUACCAAUGCCUGGAGUGUGGAAAAACCUUUUAUCACAGAGGAAAGCUUACUCACCAUCAAAGAAUUCAUACAGGGGAGAAGCCAUAUAAAUGCCUUCAGUGUGGAAAAACCUUCAAUCACAGUGGAAGCCUUACUUACCAUGAAAGAAUUCACACAGGGGAGAUGAAAUAUAAAUGCCAGGAUUGUGGGAAAAGCUUCAAUCACUGUGGAAGCCUUAUUUCCCACCAAAGAAUUCACACAGGGGAGAAACCAUAUAAAUGCUCGGAGUGUGGGAAAUGCUUCCGUAGGACUGGAAACCUUACUACCCAUAAAAGAAUUCAUACAGGGAAGAAACCAUAUAAAUGCCUGGAGUGUGGAAGAAGCUUCACUCACAGUGGAAACCUUACUUCCCAUCAAAGAAUUCAUACAGGGGAGAAAAAAUACCAGUGCCAGGAAUGUGGAAAAAGGUUCAGUCAGAGUGGAAGCCUUACUUCCCAUCAAAGAAUUCACACAGGGGAGAGACCAUAUCAAUGCCAGGAUUGUGGGAAAACCUUUAGUAAGAGUGGAAACCUUACAUCCCAUCUAAAAAUUCAUACCGGGGGAAAAACAUAUAAAUGCCUGGAGAGUGGGAAGAACUUCAGCCAGAGUGGAAGCUUUAUUCUACAUCAAAGAACACAUAUGGGAGAAAGAAGUUGAGGCAGGUACAAUCAGAAACAGGACUUUUUCAGUGGUGGUGCCUUGCCUAUGGAGUGGCCUUCCCAUUGCUCACCUGUUGCUUGUGGUAU